CUCCAAAUCUGCCAAAGAAACAAACUCAUCUACAUCUUGGAUGCCCUCAGAGUGAGUAUAUCUCCAGCAAAUGUUCAUUUCUUUAACACCCAUAAUGCACUGCUUCUGUGUCCUCCAGACUGUUGUAGGUGCUUCACAAAGGUGUCACCCUUCUCCUGACAACAUUCUCCCCAGCCAAUGAGGAGCAAUCAUUCCCUGGCACACGCUUCAAACCCUCCACCUCCCUCAAAUAACCUGCCACCGACACGCUGACAAAUGUUUCUGCUUAACUGGUAACAGGUCGCCCAGGCAGGCGGUCACUGUGUUGCUGCUGUAAACUUCAAGGUUAACUUUGCUCACGAUUAGGAAAACACUCUGGCAGCUGCGCUCAGGCCGUCUGGAAAGCUGGAAUUUAAGUGGUUUAUAAGCAGGUGCAGUAGAUAUAGACGUGGUGGACAUUCACACAAGUUAAAGCAACAUGCAGGACAACAGCAUGGAUCAACCCACAUCCUUAUCGCAGCUUUUGCGUGAGAGUUACCUGGCCGAAGCCCGAGCCCGUCACAGACACGGCGAAUCCAGCUGCAUAGACAGCCCUCGCCGUCUGGUCUACGGGACGCUCAAGGAGAAAGCGGACGAUUCCGGUGGGAAAGUGGAUCCACAGUUCCCAGACCUGUCUGACUUCCUAAGCCAGGAAGAACUGGACAAGAGCGUCGAUCUGGCCUGCAAAGCGUUCAGCAGUGAUCCUCGAGAACGUGAGGAGAGAUCCGACGCAUGUCCACCAGUGAGCAACUUUAAUGUUCCUUCCAGCAAACCCGCUCCAGAAACGGAGGUCAUUUCCGAAAGACAAACAGUCCAGACUCCCAUCCAAGACAAUGCGGUCAGGAACGUCAGAAGUGCUAGGGAAUCUGCGGCGGAUUUCAAAAGACCUCAGAGAAACGCUCCAUACGGCUUGGAGACACAAUCCAAGAAGGAGUUCCUUAACAAAGCAGCUGAUUUCAUAGAAGAGCUUUCGUCUCUGUUUAAAGCCAACAGCUCGAAGCGGGUUCGGCCUCGCACUUGCAAAACCCACCGGAGCCGACACCAAAACAAAACCCAACUUGAUGGCACUUCGUACUCCAUUAAUCCAGAAGAUCGAGAAAGACCUAUAAUGCUCAACCAACAGAUGGAGGAGCCGAUGGAGAACAGUCGAGUCGCGGAGGAGCCGUACCAGGCGGAGGAGCCUCAGGAACCGGACCUGGAGCCGGAGCCGGAGCCGGAGCCGGUGUGUGAGGAACCGGCUCUGAUUCAGCCUGAGAUCUCGGAGGAACCCGUGUGUGAACCUCCACACUUUAUACAGAAACUCAAAAGCAGGGAGGUUCCUGAGGGAAGUAAGGUCCAGUUGGAUUGUAUCGUCAGAGGACUGCCUGCUCCUGAAGUUCGGUGGUUUUGUGAGGGUAAAGAGUUGGAAAACAGUCCUGAUAUUCAGAUCAUCGCCAACGGUGAACAUCACACUCUGAUCAUAGCAGAGGCAUUUGAAGAAGACACGGGCAGAUACUCGUGCUUUGCCUCUAACUUUUAUGGCACAGACUCGACGUCAGCAGAAAUCUACAUUGAGGGAGCGUCUUCAUCAGAUUCUGAUGUAGAACAACAUUUUCAAGCACAACUUAAUAAAAAAUCUCCUCAGCCCAAGCCUGCUGUGGUCUCAACAGAGCCCAGCACAUCUGCUGAAGACACCACAUCAACUGUAACAACCACCUUUGCUGAACCACCAGCACCUUCUGACGCAGAACCAGUGCCACUUACCGAACUGAUUGCUGAGACAACUUCUAAGCAGGAAGAUACAGAACUUCUGACUUCCAAGGUUGUCAGCUCUGAAAUACCAGUGCUAGAACCAACUGUACCUGUACCUGAACCAACCAUACCUGUACUAGAACCACCAAUAUCUGAGGUGGAGCCUAUUCCACCUAUUCCUCCACUGACCAUUGCACCACCACCACCACCAUCACCUCCAUCCAACCAAAGUAUCUCUGAUAUACUGUUAACAUCUCAACAGAGCAAUCCUGAGAAUAUAAAUGGCAGCAGUAGUUAUCUUCAAAACUUCGAUGUAAGGCCCAUAAUGGCAGCUCCUGUUUUUACAAAGAACCUCCAGGAUGUCCUGGCUGUAGAGAGUCAGUUGGUAGUUCUGGAGUGCAGAGUAAAAGGCAUUCCCUCUCCUAAAGUGGACUGGUACCGAGAGGGAAUGCUUAUUGAAGAUUCUCCAGACUUCAGGAUCCUCCAAAAGAAACCAAGAUCCAUGGCUGAAUCUGAGGAGAUAUGUACUUUGGUUAUUGCCGAGGUCUUUCCAGAGGAUUCUGGAACAUUUACUAGCAUAGCCAGCAACAAAUAUGGCACAGUUUCCAGUACUGCAGUAUUGAGAGUAAAAGGACACAAUAAUAGCAGCACCAACCCAAAAACAACAAGCACUUUAACAGUGGAAUCCUCCUUCCAGAAGGUUCCCGCAGCAGAACUGAUAUCAACAAGUUUAAAGCGUAAGCCAGAUGUUCCUCUGGUAAAUAACAAGCUUCACUCAAGUAUGAUUUGCCUUGACCCUUUGAGCUCUGGAUUUAAGCAUACAGACCCUCAGCACUCUGGAACGCCUCGCUCAGAUUCCCUAAAUUCUAGUACCCUUCGCCAUGACCUAACUACUAGCCUACCUAGUCUAAACCCUCUCAGCAUUAACAAAUACAGCUCAGAUACUUUCAGGACUAGUUUACCCCAGCUAGACCCACUCAGCUUUAAUUCUUCUUCACUGAACUCAGACUUAAACCAUAAGCCCCUCAGCUCUAGCACGACACACUUUGAUUCAGGAGGAUCUAGUUUUGAGCCUUUCACAGAAGUGACCCAAAGUCCACCAAACGGAUCAGCCUCUGGCAUCAGUAUGAGCUCCGAUGCCUGGCUUGAACCUUCACCAAAUGGUUCAAAAUCAAUCCCCAGCCCUUCUGUUACUGGUCUCCCACCAAUAAACUCCAGUAAUCCUCAAGAGCAACCAGCUGUUAAACCCCUACCAGAUCCCCCAACUUCUUGCCUCAAGACAAGACCCGAAGGUGUGUUGGGGAAUCACAACGAAUCCCGCUCUAGUUCUCGAGUUGGCCUCCGUGUCACCUUUAGACUCCCGGAGGAUGAAGAAGAGGAAGAGAAAGGAAUGUUGUCCAGAGAACCACCACCAGUGUUGGCUAAACCAAAAUUAGACCCAGAGCAGCUACAAAUCCUCCACAACCAGGUGCUUUUGGAACAGCAGCAGGAAAACGGCUCCUCAAGUCAAGAUUCACCACAUUUAGACAGGACAAGUUUGGAGCCACCACCUGUCAAGCCAACUCAGCCUCCUGCAAAUCCAGUGCCAUCCCAACCACCUCCCCUUGUAAUGAACUCUGCUCCGAUUCCAUCGCCGAUCCCCGACUCUAUUCCACUACUUCCUACAGCACCUGCACCCGUUUUAAAAGCUGUACCUAUAUCCCAAUUGAGCAUGCCUUUAACCAUGCCCUUGUCCCAACUUACUCCAUCAGCCACAACCUUACACAACCACCCUUCAAUACCUCAACCAAAUCGGGUUCCUACUACUUUAAGUACUGCUCCAGCAGGAAUGCUUCCCUCUACCCUACAAACUCAAACGAAUGUGGCGCCCACUCUUCCUCAGCUGAAUAUGGGGCCAAUCUCACCCAACUUGGCUCCAGUUACCCCUAUGCCAAAUGUGAUACCAACAAUCCCAAUAACUUAUCCUGGAGGAGCCCCCAACAUCCCUAUGCCUCCAAAUGUGGUCCCUUCUGCAACUUUUCCUCAACUUAUCAUGGCACCAACAACCCAACCAUCUAACGAUGUGGCCAAUAUCCCACCCAUUAAUCGUUCCACUCAUAUUUCACAAAUAAAUAUGAACCCAACCUUGCAGAUGAACUCUGUUCCUGUCAGUAACAUGAGUGUUGCCAGAACACAGGCAUUGAUGACACCUGAUUCAUCAACGGUAAACAAAAUUGCACCAAAGUUAAACACCACCUCAAAUUCUCAUCCCAGCAUGGCUCCACAAGACACACAUUCUCAAGGUGUGUCUUAUCCACCCCUAAGUAAAAUCACCUCACCGCACCUUGUGAGAAAUCAACCUGCACCCAUCCUGAGUCCAGUGUCUCCACCUCAGUUGAAUGACACCCAGCCUCCACUUCCCGGGAUUAUUCCAGUCUCCACCCAGAGCUUUAGCUACACAAGGCCAAAAGAGUUUAUCGCAGCCCAGACGCUCUCUCCCAUCAGGAGUCCUUCCCCAACCGAGUCUCCUGUUCCAAUGCUCCACGAAUUGGCUGCACAGAUAUUCCCGAAGUCGACACGGGAGCUCACUUCGCCCAUCAACCAGUUAUCUCCGUCCCCAAGAAAGUUCCCAACAAGAGUUCUGGAGUGUCCGAGCAGCCCACCAUAUGUGUCCUCACCACCUCCAUUGCCUCCUGGGCUUGUGAAUUCAGUGUUUUCUUUCAGAACUCAGUCACCGCCACAAGCUUCUUCACCAACGUCUAGCAGCUCCACCCCCAGCCCCAUCCAAAAUCCAGUGGCUUUCCUUAGUUCAGUCCUUCCUUCACUUCCAACAUCUCCUCCGACCAAUGCCAUGGGCCUGCCUAAGAGGGCUCCACCUGGGCCUCAAGGUACACUGAAGAAGAAUCAAAGAGGAUCCAGACUCAUGACUGAUGACGACAUCCGCGAGAGCAAGGAAACACUUUUACAAGAUAUUGAAAAGAAGUUGCGAUUUAGAGAUGAUCAGCUUCGUUUUGGACAGCAGAAGCCGAAUUAUGGGGGGGAAGUGAGCCAACCGCUCGGACCAAACAUUCCCACCGCAACUGUCAUUAACUAUGAUGAGGAAUACAAAGUGUCAAGCUUUGAGCAGAGGCUAAUGAGCGAGAUCGAGUUUCGUUUGGAAAGAACUCCAGUUGAAGAGUCGGACGAUGAAGUUCAGCACGAUGAAAUUCCCACUGGAAAAUGUAUCGCGCCCAUCUUCGACAAGAAACUGAAGCACUUCAAGGCAGUGGAAGGGAUUCCUGUCACAUUUACCUGUAAAAUUGUUGGAAUUCCAAUUCCUAAAGUUUACUGGUUUAAGGAUGGAAAGCAGAUUUUGAAGAAAAAUGAGCACUAUAAGAAGGUCAGAGAGGGAGAUGGGACGUGUUCGCUACACAUAGAAUCCGUCACAAGUGACGAUGACGGCAAUUACACAGUCAUGGCAGCAAAUCCACAGGGCAGAAUAAGUUGUUCUGGCCAUUUGAUUGUCCAAACGGGUCCUGUUCGAAACCGUCCUGUGGUUCACUCGCAGAGAGUUCGAGCGCGUGUACAGGAAGUGGAGGGCGAGCCGACUCAAGAGCGCUUCUUUCGUCCGCACUUCCUGCAGGCUCCAGGAGACAUGUUGGCUCAUGAGGGACGGCUCUGUAGGUUAGACUGCAAGGUGAGUGGGUUACCCCAUCCUGAAAUCAUGUGGCUUCUCAACGGGAAGCCCAUAUAUCCAGACCUCACUCAUCGAAUGCUUGUGAGAGAAAACGGGAUCCAUUCUCUAGUUAUUGACCCGCUGACUCAAGCUGAUGACGGGACGUACACCUGCAUCGCCUCAAAUAAAGCUGGACAGAGUUCAUUCUGCCUUGAGCUUAAAGUAGUGGAAAAAGAGCUGAAGCAUCCUCCUCAUUUUGUGGAAAAGCUGCAGAACACAGGCAUCGCAGAGGGCGCCCCAGUGCGUCUGGAGUGCAGAGUUGUGGGAAUGCCACAGCCGGUCAUUUACUGGAAGAAAGACAAUGACACAAUCCCUCACUCAAAGGACAGAGUUAGCAUGCAUCAGGACACUACAGGUUAUGUUUGUCUACUAAUUCAACCGACCAGAAAGGAAGAUGCUGGCUGGUACACGGUGUCUGCGAAAAAUGAGGCAGGAAUUAUAUCAUGCACAGCCAGACUAGACAUAUAUGCUCAGUGGUAUCAGCAUGUUCAUGCACCGAUGAAGAAAACACAGCCCACCGGGAAUCGAUACACUGCUCUAACCGGCCAGGGAUUGGAUAUAAAGUCAGCCUUUCCCAUGAGCGACAACGGCCCCUUCAUAUUCUCUGCCUCCCAACCAGAGCGAACGACAGAAAGUGAGGAGCUGUAGACGCUCACAGGUUUAUGAGGGUGCACAGAUAUUGUAAAGACAACACAUUAUUUGGAGUAGUUGGAGUAACAAUCUAAAAGCAAGCAAGUAUCUGAUGUCUCUUCACUCAUUUGUAAUCAUUUGUGUCUGCACACGGGAGGAAUUUAAAGGAACGGUUCACCCAAAAAUUAACAUUUGCUGAAAAUGCACUCCGCAUCAGGAGAUCCAAGAUGUAGGUGAGUUUGUUUCUUCAUCAGAUUUGGAAAAACGCAGCAUUCCAUCACGUGCUCACCAAUGGAUGUGAAUGGGUGCCGUCAGAACGAGAGUCCAAACAGCUGAUAAAAACAUCACAAUAACCCACAAGUAAUCCACACCACUCCAGUCCAUCAGUUAAUGUCUUGCAAAUCAAUAUUAACACUACCUCCAGUGAAAAAGUGGUCUGGUCUGAAUCAGGAGAGAAAUCUGCAGAGAUCAAGUGCGGUUUACAAGCCAAAACAGCUGUAAACAAACAUGUGGCUGGAUUUUGAUGUGAGAGACAACAUUGUGGAUUACUUGUGAUGUAUUUAUCAGCUGACUGGACUCUCAUUCUGACGGCACCCGUUCACUGCAGAUGAAUCAUUGGUGAGCAAGUGACGGAAUUCUACAUUUCUCUAAAUCUGAUGAAGAAACAAACUCAUCUACAUCUAGAAUGGCCUGAAAGUAAGCACAUUUUCAGCUAAUUUUACAUUUUUGUCUAAACUAUAUCUUUAAUCUGAUCUAGAUAUACUGGUAGAUGAGCAUCUGAACAGGUUGUUUUUCCUCACUGCAUUUAACAUUAUUUGCACAUGAUUUUUCCUUUAAUUAUGAUGACAUUUGUGCCAUUUGAGGCAUUGUGCAAUUUUGUUCUUGUCAGUUUGUUGUAAUUUUUCAGCUGUUCUGCCUUUUGCAUUUUAAUCUGGUCUUUUUAUUAGACUGUGUGUCUGUUGCAUUAUCAACUGUGAAUGUGAGCUUCAGCAGGUUUUAUUCAACAGAUCUCUUUAACACAUUAACUACCGCUAUCAUUUCAUGUUUUGGUAUAAUAAAACAAGCAUGGGAGGUUUAGAAAUUAGUUUCAACAAAACUAUACUUAGCAAAUGUCACUGUCAUCUGAUCUAGCUUCACCCUAAAUGAAGCUGUUGCACUGGUGAAACUGAUCAGAUCUGUUGCGAAUGUUUAAUAAAGUACUACACAAGAAUGGAAAGAAUGGGUGUAUCUAAAUUCUCUGAUGCUGCAUGUGGAAGGAAGAAAGAAAUCAUUUUGUCUUGUUUAUAUCAUGAAUACUGCUGCUUCAGGUAAUUCUCUGUAGAGCGAUAUGGCAGAAUCUUAUAUUAAUAAGAUUAUAUAUUAAGUAUUAUAUUAGAUAUUAUAAGUUGUUGUGGAAGUUUACAACGCCAAUGUAUUGUUAUACAGUCACUAGAAUAAAUAAAUGCAAAUACCUAAUGUACAAUAGAUGUUUUUCUUGAAAAUAAAGGUAUAUUUAU